AUGGGUGGUGGUGUUGCAGCUCGUGCAGGCGUUUUGCCCUUGGGGACAUACCCAGGAAGAGACGCCUCCAUCAUAAGGUUCCAGUAUCUCGGUGCUCAGAUCCCUGUUUACCUGGCACCAGAAAGAAGUUUGGAUCCUCAGUUCAUGAAUGCUGCUAUGAGUGUAUCCCAUGUCCAGAAGGAGAGAUAUCCAACAUUCCUGGUAGAUUUUGUGCUUGUUAACAUUGCAAACUGCAUGAAAUGUUCUGAUGAAGAAUGGCCAAAUGAGAAGAAGGAUCGGUGUGUUCCAAAACGGAUGGAAUUUCUCUCCUACACUGAUGAUACAAUUGUUGCAGUAAUUUCAGCUGUUUCCAUCCUCUGUUGUCUUCUGACUGGUGUAAUAUUGGGGAUGUUUAUACUUUACCAGGACACACCCAUUGUUAAAGCUAAUAACCGGAACCUGAGCUAUCUUCUCCUGGCCUCCAUCAUGCUGAGCUUCCUCUGUGUCUUCUUGUUCCUCGGCCAUCCAGUAGAUGUAACCUGCAUGCUGCGUGUAACCUCUUUUGGUGUCAUCUUCUCAGUUGCUGUCUCUUCUCUACUUGCCAAAAGUAUCAUGGUGUGUAUUGCUUUUAAAGCCACCAAACCUGGGAGUUCCUGGAGGAAAUGGAUGGGAAUCAGAUUGCCGAAUUCCAUCAUGUCUGUGUUGUCAAUGGUGCAAGUUAUAAUUUGUGUUACUUGGUUGUCUAUUUCUCCCCCCUUCCAGGAUCAAGACACUCACUCUUAUCAGGGAAAGAUCAUCAUUCAGUGUAAUGAGGGUUCAGUUAACGGCUUCUACUCUGUCCUGGGAUAUAUGGGACUUCUGGCAGCUGUGAGCUUCAUUACCGCUUUUUUAGCCAGGACAUUACCAGACAGUUUUAAUGAGGCCAAGUACAUC